AUGUGGAGCUGCCUGCCUGCUAUCCAGACCAAAAGGUGGACCACAAGAUGGCUGACAGCCGCCAACUACAAGGACAUAUGCAACAGCGGCCACAAUGAGACCCAAGCGACUACAUUGAGAUUUUCCUACAGAGACUGGAUGCACACUUCUGGACUAAGUUGGAAGCCAAGACAGCAGCGCCCCAGAUGCAGACACCAGGCGGUGAACAGAGAAGCAAACAAGAGAAUGGCAGGAGGCCCCCGACGCAAGCGACACAAACACACUCAGCUAACCUACGUGGGCCGAAAAACCGCCAAACAAACCUCUUACAUCCACCCGCCUGGGCGGACAGCUCGUCGUCGCCGGACCAAACAGGCAGCCACAACCCCUCAGCAGCGACACCAGCGAAAGCCCAAAACUCUG